CUCCUGGCCGGAAGGAGCACGCCGAGUCGAAGCGCUGACAGCAUAACACAAUCACAUAUGCUCGCCGCAGCCGCCGCCAGUGCGUCCGCCGUCUGUGCCGCCGCCGUCCCCUCUAUCAGCGGUCCGAGUGGGCUCGGCCCGGCGCCCGCGUCGUUUGAUCUCGUCAGUCGAGUCUACGUUCCGUACGGCCUGAGCGCCACCGACCUGGCGUUCGGGAUGGGCGCUGCGGAGCAGAUCAUUUACGACGCGACGGAGCGGUACGCGUAUGCGGUAUCCGAGCAAGGCGUGCUCAAUGUCGUCGACUACGCCGACGCCGCGGCGCCGGUGGUCGUCACCUCUCUUGCCGUGGACCUGCGCGGCGCGGUGGCGACGGACGUGGAGAUAUGCCCCGAGCGCGGGCUGCUCCUCGUGUCCGUCUCGGGCGAGGUGCUCAACAUACGUACAGCGCGGGUCGGCCGCCGCACCGACGCCGGCCGCGUCCUCGCCUUUGAGAGCGUACGCCGCUCGGCGCCGCGCACGCCAAAGCCGCUGUGGCAGGUGCAGGUGGGCGCGUUGCCAGACAUGAUCUCGCCGAACCGCGACUGCUCGCUCCUCGCGGUUGCAAACGAGGGCGAGGGCGUGUACGGCGGCGUCCAUAGCUCCACCGGGACAGGCGGCGUCGCGACGGGCGCCGGCCUCGUCGACCCCGACGGCUCCGUCUCUCUGAUCCACCUGCCAAAGCAAGGGCCGCCCUCCGUGUCAGAGGUGCGGCUCGACGCUCUCGCGCCGAGCGACGAGCACCCUAAUUAGCUCAUUAUUCAUCAAUCCCAGGUGCGGCUCGCGGCGGCUCGGCGCUCGUCGCCCGCCCCAAUUCAUUACUGCUACCACCCCCAGGUGCGGCUCGACGCUCUCGCGCCGAGCGACGAGCACCUGAUCGGCCUCGGAGUGCACCUGCCCCUCCCCCUCGGCGCGAUGGAGCACUUCGACCUCCACUCGGCCCGCCACAACAGACACGGUGGGACGCUCGACCUCGGCUCCGCGCGGCGCGCGUACCGGCCCGUCUCUCAGCUCGAGC